AUGGCUAAAAGUCCCGUUAAAAGUACAACACAUUUAAAUACAAAAGCUACAAAAGCACCAGGUAAAACCAUACUUCCCAGACAUAAAUUUCAAAAACAGAGGAGAUUUAGUAUAAUAGAUUCUGAUUCUUCAUCUGAAUUAAGUGAGUUUAGUGAUGAUGAUGAUCAAGAACAAAAUGAGAAACCUAAAAAACCAAGCAAAUCAUUAUAUAAUCAUCAUGGCUCAAAUCAUCAAUUCCAAGGUAAUAAAUUUCAUGCCAUAGAAUCUGAAAGUGAAGAUGGUAAUGGUGAUGAUAGUGAUCAUGAAGGAAGUAUUUCUGCAAAUGAACAAUUAUGGAAAAAUCAUCAUAAACAGGUUGUAAACACUUCAAGUACAUCAAGUGAAGGUGAAGAAGAAGAUGACGAUGAUGACGAUAGUGAUUCAAAUUCAAGUUCAGAUUCAAGUUCUUCAGAUGAUGAAGAUGUUGAUUUUGUUAAAUUAACUGCUGAAAGAAAAGCUAAAGCAUUACAACAUUUUAGAAGUACAAGUCCUUUCAAAGAUCAACAAUCCCCUUCAAAAGAUUCAAAAGCCAUAGAAGAAGAGCCAAAAGCUAUUGAUACUAAUGAUUCAAAAGAUGUUGAUUUUAGUUUCAAUUUCAAUAAUGAUGAUCAUCAAUUGAGAAUUGCUAAUGAAGAAGAAGAAGAUGUUGGUGAAGAAUUAAAUAACCACUUACAAGAUUAUGAUCAAUUAACUCCAAAUACACAUGGUAUUCCAGGUGUUGAUGAAUUACCACACCCAACUAUAGAAUCUUCAGAAUCUGAUGAUGAUAUAGAUAAAGAUGAACUAUUACGUACUUUAGAACAAGAUAGUGAUGGUGUUGAAGGUGGUGGUGGAUUUGGAAGUGCAAAUGAUGAUGAAUAUGAUUUAUUACAACAAGAAGCUGAUAAUAUCUUACAUGAUUAUAAUAAUGGUGAAGGUUAUGAUGCAUUAUCAUUACAAUAUAGUUCAUCAAAUCCAACACCAAGAAAUUCUGUUGUUGAAGAAAUGAUUAAUAAACAUAAAUCAGAAAUGAAUCAAGAAGAAGUUUUACAAUUUGUUUCUGAUGAUGAUUAUGCAAGUGAUGAUGACGAUGAUGAUUAUUAUAAUGAUGAUGAAUAUCAUGAAGAUUUCAUAGUUCCAUUUUUUGAUGAUUCUGCAUUCAAAGAACAAUUAUAUACAAAUGGGAAUGUUGAUCAUUCAAAAAAUCAUCAAAAAGAGCUAGAUAGUGAUGAUGAUUCAUAUCUAUGGGAUUAUUUUUUCAGUUCAGGUGAUGAAAAUGAUGAAGAAGUUGAAGAUCCAAAUAAUAAUCAUUAUAGUGAUGAUGAAGCAACAGAUGAAGAUACUACAUUACCACCACCUUCAUCAAGAAAAAAAGUUGGUGCAAAAGCUCAAGAAUUAUUAUCUUCAUCUUCUGUCACUGCAAGACCACCUGCUUUAGGUACUUGGUCAACUGAUUCUAAACCUUUUGGUAUUAUUGAUGGAUUAUCAACUAGAUCUUUAAUUCCAAAUUCAAAUAAAAAUCAAUCACAACAAUCAAAUGCAUCAGGUUCAACUAAUCCAAGUUUGAAUAUCACAACCACAGGUGGUGGUGGUGCUAACUCAUUAAAACAAUCACCAAGUACACCAUUAAAUAACAAUAAUAUUGAAGAAUUAACUCUUGAUGAGUUAUUAAAUAUGAGUGAAUUAGAAGAUGAUGAUAAUGAUGAAGUUUUGAAUCAUGAAGAUUGGUUAGAAGCUACAGAAUCUACUAGAAAAGUUCCAUUAUCAGCUUUUAGAAAUAAAGGUAUAGUUAAUGAUGAUUCACAUAUUAAUGCAACAAGAAGAUUUUCACCAUCAAGUUCAGGACCAAAUUCUAAAAAAUCUGGUAAGAAACAUGGUAAAAAAAUUAAUGAAAUUACAAUGACACCAGUUAGAGUUGUUAAUAAACAACAUAAACAGAGAAGAAAAUCUUCAAAAUUAAGAAGACGUCAAAGUAUGGCUGAAGCUGCUGUUGAAGGUCUUAGAGUUACUAAAAGUGGAUUGUUUUCUGAAGAUACUUUAACUAAUGUUGAAGAAUUUUUAAGUGGAUUAGGUAGUGAAGCUGAAUUGAAUUUACUUUUUCGUGAAGUUCAAUAA